AUGGAAGGCAUCAUUUCUUCCACUUGUAUUGUAAAUCCCAAAGCUGAGGUGGCCCGGGUGCAGGCAGCGCUGGUGGUGAACAUCAGCGUGGCGCGGGGCCUACAGGAUGUUCUGAGGACCAACUUGGGGCCUAAGGACACCAUGAAGAUGCUUGUUUCUGGUGCUGGAGACAUCAAGCUUACUAAAGAUGGCAAUGUGCUGCUUCACCAAAUGCAAAUCCAACACCCAACAGCCUCUCUAAUAGCAAAAGUAGCUACAGCCCAGGAUGGCAUCACUGGUGACGGCACCACGUCCAAUGUCCUUAAUGGGGAGCUGCUGAAGCAGGCCGACCUCUACAUUUCUGAGGGUCUUCACCCCAGGAUAAUAACUGAAGGUUUUGAAGCUGCUAAGGAAAAGGCACUCCAGUUUUUGGAACAAGUCAAAGUGAGCAGAGAGAUGGACAGAGAAACCCUGAUCGAUGUGGCCAGAACAUCUCUGCGAACUAAAGUUCAUGCUGAACUUGCAGAUGUCUUAACAGAGGCUGUAGUGGACUCCAUUUUGGCCAUUAAGAAAAAAGAUGAACCCAUUGACCUCUUCAUGGUUGAGAUCAUGGAGAUAAAACAUAAAUCUGAAACUGAUUCAAGCUUAAUCAGAGGGCUUGUUUUGGAUCAUGGAGCACGGCAUCCUGAUAUGAAGAAAUGAGUAGAAAAUGCCUACAUCCUCACGUGCAACGUGUCCUUAGAAUAUGACAAAACAGAAGUGAAUUCUGGGUUUUUCUACAAGAGUGCGGAAGAGAGAGAAAAACUAGUGAAGGCUGAAAGAAAAUUCAUUGAAGACAGAGUUAAGAAGAUAGUAGAGCUGAAAAGGAAAGUCUGUGGUGAUUCCGAUAAAGGAUUUGUCGUCAUUAACCAAAAGGGGAUUGACCCCUUUUCCUUACAUGCCCUUGCAAAAGAAGGCAUCGUGGUUCUGCGCAGGGCCAAGAGGAGAAACAUGGAGAGGCUGACACUUGCUUGUGGUGGAGUAGCUCUGAAUUCCUUUGAUGAUCUGAAUCCUGACUGUUUGGGCCAUGCAGGUCUUGUCUAUGAGUAUACGUUGGGUGAAGAGAAAUUCACCUUCAUUGAGAAAUGUAGCAAGAAGAUUCUUGAAAUUCCAUCUGUUUUGUUCCAUGUUACACUGGCUUGUGCCAGUUCUGUACUUGAGAGAUUCAAGACUGAGGUUCCAGUGGUUAUUGUUUAUAAAUCCGAAACUGAAACAGACAGCUUUUUGGCUUAUUCUUCAGGGAGAGGUACUUUGCUUAGUGGACUAAUGUCUGAUUGUAGAAAAUUGGUUAUGCACACUACCUUGCAGAAACGUUCACUGAAAGUAGAUUGCUAG